AUGCAAGCGUCGGUUCAAAUUCAGCUUCGGCAGCUUCCUUAUCAUCAAAAAAAGCAGCAUCAACGUCUUCAUCCGGAGGAAGCCAAGCGGAAUAUCUGCAACUACAAAGAAGCACAUCAGACGGAAUCAAUCCGUGGCGUGACGACGAGCUUCCAAGUAGUUACCGGACAAUACAUGAACAGAGUGACCGGAGUAAAAGAAGGAACAGAGGGUGACUAUUACGCGGCAACAUUCUUAUACCCACGAGAAAUGGCCGGACUAGCGGUGGACAUAGCUGGUUUAACAGAACCAGUGCGACUGCGAUUCCAGUAUUAUGAAGGCACACAUGGUGUUCAGCUCAAAGGUUGUUGCGAAAGCCUGGAACACUGCCUAUUUGCAUCCGACAAAUUUGUCAGUGUUAGCGACAGAACGUGGAAACUUACCUCAUUCACUUGUCCAGCAGGCACCUCCAAGGUUGAUCUUUUCUCCUCUUUGCUCUCAAAUCACAUCAAAAAACAGGAAAUGUGCCAUCCGCUCUCUGAUCUCUUGGUUAGGCUAAAAUUGGUGCUUGUCGGAAUAACCGCUGCAAUUCUGAUCUCCCUCAGAAGGACAAAUCAAGGGGCAUGCGCAAUAGAUGACAUUCAAGUGAUCGAAAACAAUGCUGCUGACCUGCGGACAGCGAGGACGCUAUGCUGA